AUGAAGGAAUCUGCUACGACUGAGCAGUGGUUUCUACAAAAAUCGUUUGAGCUGAUCAAUAAAGAAAAAGUACUUUGUGUCUCUUUUUUAUAUUUAGCAUCACUGCCCGAGCCCAGAUGGUCCACUCCACCAUAUUACUGGACCACUAGUGAAUCAUCUUCUAUCUCGCCUUUCAUAACAACUCAACAUCCAUGGCCAGGAUCAUCUUCAAAGCCCUGUGGAUACUGGUACAAUAAACCAUGUUAUUGGGCCAUUACUCAACCCAGCCACACGAGCACAACACAUUACCAGACUCAACUCAGCCACACGAGCACAACACAUUACCAGAGACAGACUCGACCCCCGUACAGGAGGAGACUGUAUGUCCAGACGCCAAGUAAGCCAGCAGAUGCCCCAGAGCCCAACAUCGCAGUGUACCGGCAGAUGCAGGACAGAGAGCAUGUGAUAGUGAUGUGUUCGUUUGGCAGGAGGUUCAUUGAGAGCUCUUUCCAGCUGUCAGUGGAGGGUGAACACAACUACACACUGAAGUGCCCACUGUGUUAUUCAAAUGAAAAGUGUGUGUUUGAUGUGAAAGUGAGUCCACCUGUUUCCUUCACCUGUGUGCACGAGAUUAAUUCUGUGGUGAACCGUCGCAGUGAGACUUACACCUACAGCCCAUAUGGUAAAACAACCUGAGAAUACACAUUUUAGGCUUACUAUUAAGAAAUGUGCAUUGUGCAAAAAAGAAGCACCCCAAAUAAAGAAUAAUUAUCAGUAUAUUUCUAUCAGUAAGUAUCAAGUGAUAUGUCAGUAAAUAUGUUCGUAAAACAUAAAUAUAUUC